AUGUCCCACCCGGCCCCCACAUUCACCCUCCACCCCCUCACCCUCCCCGAAAUCCCCCACUUCGUAACAAUCUACUUCACCUCCUUCCAAAACGCCCACUCCCACGGCUGCUGGCCACGGACCCCCGCCGUCCGCGCCUGGUGGGAAACCAUGCUGCGCGACGAACUGCACGAGCCCGGCGCGAACUGGCUCACGGCGAAGGACACCACGACGGGGGAAAUCGCGGGUUUUUGUAAAUGGGUGGAACCACAACCCGGGAAGGAGGUCGAUGAGAGUUUGCCGAGCUGGCCCGAGGGCGCGGAUGAGAGGUUGUGUGAGGAGACGUUUGGGGCGUGGGCGAGGCGGAAGGGGGAGUUGAUGGGGAGGAGGGGGUUUUGGUAUCUCGAAAUCAUCGCCACAGCCCCAGCCUAUCAAGGCAAAGGCGCCGGCUCCGCCAUGCUGCGCUGGGGAACGCAGCGAGCGGACGAGCAGAACGUCGAGGCGUACCUCGAAGCAUCACCCGAGGCCGUGCGCUUGUAUCAGAAAUUCAAAUUCGAGGAGGCGGAUAAGAUCGAUACGUUUAUCGAUAAUGCACGGGUGAAAGCGACGUGGUAUAGGAAUUUGUUCAUGAUUCGGCAGCCGCAAUCGCAAUCGCGGUCUUCUUGA